AUGGCUUUUCUUCCCCUAACAUACACCCAGAUCUCCCUCGUAGCCUUCGGCAACAGCAUCCAAUCCUACCUCACAACCUCCUACACCGCGCGCCUCUACGCCGGUCCGAAACCCUCCCCCUCCAAUCCCCCCCGCACCCCAUCAUCCGCCUCGCGACUAUCGUCAUCCCCCGUCACGCCCCUCCAGUCGCGGACGUUCGGGACGUGGACGCUGAUCCAGAGCGCGACGCGGAUGUACGCCGCGUACAACAUCGCCCACCCGGCCUUCUACCAGCUGGCCUUCAUCACGUAUGCGGUGGCGUGGGCCCACUUCAUGAGUGAGUGGUGGGUGUACCGGACGGCGAGGUUAGGGGAGGGACUGGUGUUUCCGGUGUGUGUGGCGACGGGGAGUCUGGUGUGGAUGUGGGUGCAGUGGGAUUUUUACGUGCCCUCUUAG